GUCAGGUCCUGCGGUCUGGAGCUCGAGCGCUUCAGGCACUCUGACCGUACACCUUUCCGCGUCCCCUGGCCUCGACUGGUGCUCGUCCGAGCAGCUGCUGAUGGCGGACGACCGCUCGACCGUGCUGGCGCCGGGCGAGUGCUUCCGACAUCCUGUCUUGCAUGAUGACGGGUCCGACGCGGGCUCUGUUGUUGGCGUGGUGCGCAGAGUGAUGUCGGACAACCCAGGGGGCACCGCCUACGAAGUGGAAUACUUUGCUGCUGGAGAUCAAUACCUGUCAUGGUGGCUUAAUUCACGGAUUGCGAAGCGAGAGAAGAUGAUCUUACACGUGUGCCGUGGGCCAGUCUCGCGAUGUCGCUACACGGCACCGCGGGCGGGGUGCCAGGUGCUCCACACCAGGGCGCCCCAGAGGCUCACGGCCUCUCAGGCAGCCGAGCGGCACAUGGCAGUGCUCCAGCACGAUGAGGAUUGCCCCGAGCUGCCGGCUGAUGUCGCUCAGGCCGCUUUAGAUGAGGCUGAGGCCGCUGAGGAGGAAGAGGAGCUGCCGCCGAGUCGCGCCGCUUUCGCUGGCCCGGCCAGGAAACGCCCCGCCGGCGUAGGCAAGGCUGGGGGCGACCUGGUGGAGCUCGACGGCGACGGGGAGACCGACGAGGCACACGCGGAGGCCUUCGCUGAGCUCGACAGGGAGCUCGCAGCGCUUUCAGGCAAGUCCGAGGGCACGAAGGGCUCGGCGAAGGACGGCUACCUGGAGCGCCUCAACAAGUUGCGGGAGAAGCUCGCGACAGUGCGCGGCCCGGAGGCCGCUGCAGGCGGGACCGCGGCCGCCGCACCCACCAAGAAGGCCAAGCUCGGCGAGGUGGUCCAGGCAAGGAUGACUGGACAGGCGCCGAGUGCUGCCGCUGCUGGUCCAGCAGAUGGCGGUCGGGCUCGCGGCUCAGGCGAGCGGGCAGUGCUGAAGACGCUCGCCGAGUACCUGAGUCAGAAGGGCGACGACGACGACGGCCUGUUUGACAGUAAUGAUGAUCGCGUCCCUGGCGGGCGCCCUGUGGCGGCCCGCCGCCUGGCGUACAAGAAGAUAGCGGAGAAGCAUCCAGGGCGCCUCUCGGAGAGGGAGAUGGAGAACAUGGACCGUUACCGCGAGCUGCGGACGCUCGCGGAGAGUGCGGACCUCAUAGUCUCGGGCAAGCCCAUUCACGCCCUGGAUUUCAUCUUCUGCAGAAUCAAGGCUAUCCAGAAGACCAUACGGGAGGGCCAUUCGAGGACGGCGAAGUGGUUCGAGCUCAUCCCCCCCGGCAAUGGUGGAUUGAGCCUCUCAGUUGAGGACGAGGAGCUCGUCACGGGCGUCGAGGCCGCCGAGGUGCGCAUGGCCCACCUGCUCGGGCGCCUCGGAGGCCCGAGCCGUGGUGGAAGCCCGGACAGCAGAGCGUUGCCGAUCACCAACAUCGGCACUGCCGCGGACGCCGCAGAGUUGCGCAUCCGCUUGGGAGUGCAGCCGCCCAGGGGUCGUGCUCCUGCCCUGGAGGCGGGCCGCGCCGAUCCCCCGUCGGGGGGCGGCUUGCCCGCGCUGACAGACCGCCCGGUCCCCCAGGCGGUGGACGGGAAGCCCCUGUCAGCGUGGGCGGCGGUGCGCGCGAAGACUCCGCGUGCCGAGGGGGAGUCCAGGCGGCAGUUGAAGAAGAGGAUCGCGUCGCAGUUCUUCAAGCGCCGGGUGUCGGCCAAUAACGCAGCGAAGCCGAGCGAGCCGCAGAGCGAGGUGGCCGCGCUGACGCUGGGCCAGUGGAAGGCGGACAUCGCCUCGCGCAUGUGCCGCAGCGGCCCCAGCAGGAUGACAAUGCUGGAGAUCGGCUUCGGGAUCCUCACCAGUGUCAGGAGAAUAUCAAGUUGCAUUGGAGAUUUCGCUGGAAGGUUCCCUGUGGGAGGAAUGUUGGACUGUGAGGGAUCCCCCGUGGAUGUUACGAAGUGGCCAGCUGCUCUAAAGAAGGAGGCCCAAGCCACGGCGGUCGAGGUGUGGACCUUCGCGAGCGCGCUGGGCCUGAACUACCUUUACCUUGGGCACCUGAGCAAGGACCGCUGGGAAGCAGCCGGGCGCCUUUCUGAGGUGCAGGCCGCCAGCCUACGUGUGAUCGGUGAGACGGUCGAGUGGCACGUGGGCGACGCGUUGGCGGCGGUGGACAUCCCGUACUGGCCUCAGGAGAUGAAGAAAACGAAGUCGAGCUACGAUCUGGAGGAGGACUGUCGGGCGCUCCCCUUGAAGUUCGGCGAGCUUGAGCCCGGCCUUCCCAAAGCCGAAGAUAUCGGCCGCUUGGACGUGCUGGACUAUGUGGGGCCAGAGCUCAAGGAGGUGCUCACCAAACCCGGGAUGUCGCUCUUGCCGGAGGACGAGUGGCCCGAGUCGCCUCCGAAGGCAAAGGUCAACGUCGAGAAGCUGGAGGACUGGUGGGCCAUCGCUGCCCAGCUGGUGGAGCGUGGACUGCUGGCCCCUAUACCAGCUGAGCGCAUCUUUGUGGCCCGCGGCCGUCGUGUCACGAACGGUUUGUUUGCUGUGACGAAGUCGGGGUCCCCAGCUGAGGGAGAGGCCAGAGUGACACGAUUGAUUUUCAACAUGGUCCCGACGAAUACGUACCUUCGACCGUUGGCGGGGGACUCAGUGACUCUGGUACCCUCGCCGGCGUGGGUAAGCAUCCCAGUCCCCGGCCAUGUUCUUGGCAUGAAGGCCAAGGAGGUGUGGCUGGCCAUGACAGUGCUGCCCAUGGGCUGGGUGUACAGCGUCCCCAUUUUCCAGAGCGUCCACCGGCGGGUUGCGCUUCUGGGUCGCCCUGCUGGCGCCGCCCUCCCUACUGACCUGGAGUGGCGGCGCGACCGUCCUAUCCCCGCCGCUGCAGCUGCUCCCCUGUCUCAUGAGGGCCCUCGCGAGUGGUGGAGUGUGUACAUCGACGACUUCGAUAACUGCGAGACGGCUGGGUGCAAGGAGGCGCUCGCGAAGGUGGGCACUCCUGGCCGCCUGCAGGCCCAGAUGAGGGAGAGCUACCAGCGGAAUGCAGUCCCCAUCAGCGUGGACAAAGCCAACCAGAGGCAGCUCUUGGUCACGCGGAUGGGUGUAGAGGUGGACGGGAUCUCAGGCAGGGCCGCCAACAAUGGCAUAAAGAACGCGCAGCUGUACAGCCUUACCAUGUGGCUCCUGGCGCUAGAGUUUCGACGUCCUCUCUUCGGGGUGUUCAACUCGGUGUGGGAGCAGAUUGGCUCGGGCCGUACUGUGUUGACCAGGGCCAGCCUGGACGAGCUGAUGCACAGCUGCCUGCUGAUGCCCCUCGCCUCCACCAACCUGAGGGCCGCUACCGCGGGCAUCGUCUCGUGCUCUGACGCCAGCGAAGACGGUGCCGGUAUGUGCACGGCCGUGGGGCUCGCAGAGGGGGCCGCGAAGUUCCUGGCAUCUCUCGGGGGCUCUGAGACCUGGGGCCAUCGCAUUGCCAGCUACACCGGCUCGUGCACGGUCGAGCCGACCAGGAUCGCCCCAGGGGUUCCGCCGCGCGUCCUGUUGGUGAGCUUGUUUGACGGCAUCGGCGGUGCUGCUGUGUCGCUGGUGCGCGCUGGUUUCGACAUCGUAGGCUACAUGAGCAGCGAGGUCGAUAAAGGGCCUCGCCGGGUGCUGAGAUCGCGCUGGCCUGGCCUGAUCGAGCUGGGCCCAGUCGAGGAAAUUCGCGACCGACAGCUUGAGGCUCUGGCAAUGUUCCAGGAUCGGAUUGUCGCCGUGGUCGUUGCGGGAGGCAGCCCUUGCCAGGACACGAGCGGUGUGAACGCCGACCGACAGGGCGCGCGUGGCGCUCGGAGCGGCCUGUUCAAGCGCAUACCCAAGGUGGUGAGCGCACUUGCUCUCGUCAUGAAGGUGCCUGUCCAUUGGCUUGUGGAAAAUGUACUCUCGAUGAGCGCAGAAUCCCUCCAGGAGUUCUCCCGCAUCCUCCAGACUAGGCCCAUCAGCGUGUGCAACUCCCUCUUUGCCGAGAAUAGAAGGCCACGUUUGUACUGGUUGUCUUGGAGAGAGGCGGUCCUCAAGCUCCCCGGGGUGCACGUGGGGCCCAAGGCCAACUACGACCUCAUCAGGGCGCUCCAGGUCCCGAAGGCUCCUGCAGGCUCUUGGGUUGCCUCAGGGUACUCCAGGGCCUCGGACAAGGGCCCAGUCUGCACGUUUCUCCAGCGGCGGGAGAAGACUGUCCCGUACAAGCCUGCAGGUUUAUCGACAGCGAGCCCAGAGGCCAUCCAGAGGUGGACCCAGGACCUGCACGCGUACCCUCCGUACCAGUACGAGCUAGUUCACAUGAUUCGGGACUCCGAGGGGGACUUGAGGCCCUUGUGUGCCACGGAGAAGGAGGUGCUCAUGGGGUUCCCUCGCCACUACUCGUCGUCCGUAGCCAGCUCGGGCUCCAGCCGUGGCAGCGUUGAGAACGAUCGCUGCAGCCUCUUGGGGAACGCGUUCGCCUGCUGCGUCGUUAGCUGGCUGUUUCUCGGUCUGAAGUGCCAGUUGGGCUGGCCCGUCAGGGCGACUGACCUCGAGGGGGUCGCGAGCGAGUUGGACCCCAUCAAGGAGACCCCCAUCGGCCGCAAGCUGGUCGAGAUUUUCUGGACGAUUGCCGAGAAGUCGGGGAGUGACAUCCGCCUCGACCUCGGUGUGCCUUUCCGCCCCAAGGCGUGGCCGCGAGCCUCGAUUGACCCGGCGCUGUGGCGCUGGCGGCCGACGCUGUCCUUCCCGCGGCCGAAGUCGUCGAGGGAGCUGCAUAUCAACGCGCUCGAGUUGAAGGCGAUGAACGCUUCUUUGCGGCACAGUGUGAAGCUGUCCUCGCUCAACGACGUGGACAAAAGCCUCAGCUUGUACAUGGAAGCGUGUUGGGCAGAGCUGGAGCCGCUUUACCUGGUGGUCAAUGCGACAGCGGCUUUGCAGUGGAUGAUGCCCUCCUUGAAGGGCAACCUGCAGCAGAGUUGGAGCCUGGUGCGAGCGUGGGAGAGGCAGUGCACGCCUGGUCGGGCGACGCCGUUCACGGCCGACAUGGUCCUAGCCUUGGCAGCUGCAGCGUGGGACCUCGGCUGGGGAGGUCUGGCGACCGUGAUGCUCGUCGGUUUCGACACGUUCAUGCGCACAGGCGAGCUGCCGGCUCUCAGACGGCGGCACAUCCUUGUCAAAGGUGAGCGGGCAGUUAUUCACAUCGAGGCCUCGAAGAUGG